GGCUGGGCUGCAGGUGGAGGCGGGAGCUGCAAUUCCAGCCAGCUUUGGUCAGUGGGCCUGAGACCCCACACAGACCCCUCGGGCUGAGUGAUGGGUGUCUCACUAUCUACCACGUCAGCCCAAUGAUAUCAAGAGAGCCCUGUAGACAGCGCUUGCUUCCACCUGGCCUCACCUCCCUGCCUCCCUGUAAUGUGUUCUCGGUGUGAUAGAUCAGUCAUCUGGAGACACGCACAGUCUGCUACGGACGGUCCUGGCAUCUGUGGCUCCUCAGUCCUGGGGCCCCCCGAACCCGCUGCUCUUGGCUACAGCCGCCACCCCUCGGAGACCAUGCCUGUCGGGUUCUCAGAGAUGAACAGAAACGUGGAGAGGGCCGUUUGGCGGAGCCCCAAUCCUGACGACGGGGCCUUACAUUUGGGGCAGAAGCGCAAAUUGCUGCAGGUCAGAGAAAAAGAAGAGGCGGCUCCACCGAGAAGACCCGACGUCAGGCUGUGGAAGAGCUGCCAGCUCCAUGGCUUGGCCGAGGAGCUGCGGGCCGCCUGGCAGGAGGCUCAGCACCGCCACUCUCGCCUGUCAACUGCGAGGUGGCGGCGCACAAAGGACAGAGAGCCCGACCAGGACGAGCCCCUGCAGCAGGCAGCAGCCAGGUCCCUGAGGGCCAGGGAGAGGAACAGAGCAGCCCUCAGAGACGAGAGAAGCCGCAAGGAAGAACCAGGCCGGCACGGCUGGCACCCCAGGGCCUGGAGGCUGGUGGGGUGCACGGAGAGGCAGGCAGCCACAAGAACCGCCAGCCGGGUGCACCUUCCCCUGAGCCCCCCUGAGAAGAGCCAGGGAAAGCAGCGAGUGCCUUGGACCAAGUCCGGGGGUGGCCGCCGUCCCGUCACCACUCGGGGGGGCAGAAGGGUGGACCCACUCUUGGCCCCUGCAGGGGAAACCAAGCAGCGGGUGGAGAGGGAAACCACCCAGGAGGGGAGGAGGCAGCAGGAGAAGGGCACGGCUAGCUUGGUCCGAGGUCGCAACCUGAGUCUGGAGGGCAAACCUCGAGCCGGGGAACAGCGCUGCCCGGCCGACUGCACCUGCAGAAGGGGAGCCCAGGCGUCCCAGUGCACCUGCAGCGACAAGAGCGAGUGGCAGAAAGAGCUGGAGUCCACCUUCGAAGAGUUGUUCAACACAAACAGAAAGCUGAAAAAACACCUGAGCUUGCACCUCGAAUCGAGGCCCAGGGCGGCCCAAAACUCCGACGAAGAACAGGCCGUCUCGGGGUCCCCAGACAGCGGCAGCGAGACCCCGAGAGAGAAGAAAGCAGAAGACGAGGAGGAGACGCCUGCCGGGGAGUCCGACAGCCCGGCAGGGGUGGAGGCCCAACUGACGGCGUCCGGCAGCGAUCUGGAAACGUUACUGAGCAGGAUCGAGAACCUAAAAUACCACCAGAGCGACGAGCCCGACUGCAGGAGUGAAAGCCAGAUGCAGUGUCCCGAGGCGGGGACAUCGGUCGACGAAGAGGACAAGCUCUCCUGCGUCACCUCGGCGGCGGCCACGCCCACGGUGGAGAGGGCCCCCCAGCUCCACCUGCGGGACCAGACAGGCGGGGCGGGCUCCCUAGCGGCCUGGAGGCAGAAGCAGAAGCAGGAGGCCGAGGAAGACUGGAGGCUGCAGCGGCAGCAGGACCUGCUGGAGCAGCCGGAACAUCCGAACAUGAGCUUGGAGAUCCACUACAUGCCGGAGCUGGAAAAGGAGAGGAAGGAGCGGAGGAGAACCCGCCUGGCCCUCCUCAACUCCUACCCCUCGCGGGGCUGGGACACGAGAAGAGGCCCCCAGCUCAGCCUCACCGAGGAGGAGUGGCACAGCCAGAUGAUCCGCGACCUCCAGUACCAGAUCUCAGAGCAAGACAAGAUGCACAAGCAGUUUCUCGAAGAAGCCAGGAGGCGCCUGCGGGAGUUUCAGGACUAGCACUAACGAAGCGCGAGGGGCCGGCUGCGAUAAAUACACCGCUGAUAGCUGUUCUCUCAGA